AUAAAGUGAAAAUAAAUAAAGUCGAAUUGACACACUCAUCUCAGAGAUUUCGAAAUGUUUAAAGAUUAUCGUUUUUAUACGUGACGUUUUCUCGUUUGUUGUGUUAAAAGUAUAAAUGUCCAAUAAUUCUCUAGCACAAGCAGCAAAUAUGCCUACAAUAGGGACUGUUGGUCAAGGCGCUAUACAAUACGUUAAUAAUCCCAUGCAAAGUCCUCAACUUCAAAACACUUCUAUUCAAGGUUCUCCUUCUCAACACAGCCCUAUGGGGACCCAGUCACAAGUAGCAAAAGUUGGCCAAGGCGGAGCUGGUGACCAGUCAUCUCAGCUUCUGAGCCGUCCUCGUCUUCAAGAAUUAGUUAGAGAAGUGGACCCAACAGUGCAGCUCGAUGAAGAAGUAGAGGAAAUGUUACUGCAGCUUGCAGAUGACUUCAUCGACACUACACUGAAUUCAGCUUGCGCUCUUGCUAAGCACAGGCAUGCACCGAAUGUAGAACUGAGAGAUGUGCAGCUACAUUUAGAACGUCAAUGGAACAUGUGGAUACCAGGUUUUGGCAACGAUGAACUGCGGCCAUACAAGAGAGCAGCAGUUACAGAAGCGCACAGACAACGGAUGGCACUCAUCCGGAAAUCGAUAAAAAAAUAUUAGUUAAAUCGAUACUUCAAAAUAAAUUAGUUAUAAAUACAUAAACGAGAUUGUAAUAUCUUGUAUUUUAUUAUUUAACAGUUUACGAUUUUAUCUAUAAGCUGUUUUUUAGAAUAUAGU